GUCAGAGCCUCAGACGAGGUCCCCGCGGUAGACAAGCUACAUUCAAUACAAGACUACACCGUACCAGACCACACCGGCGCACUCCACCCGUCCAAGUCUCUCUGGAGCGGCGACGGUGCGACCGGUCGCGUGCUGGUGAUCUUCAUCCGACAUCUCUACUGCGGUGUCGAGGCCGUGGGCGAGGCCGUGGCACCCGACUCGCUCCCCGAGAACACGUCCGUCGUCUUCGUCGGGUGCGGCGACCCGGCCCUGAUAGAGAGCUACGUCGAGCCGACGGGCUGCAAGUGCCCGGUAUACGCCGACCCCGAUCGACGGCUGUCGUCUGCCCUGGGCCUGAUCGAGACGUGGGACGCGGGCGCCGUGCCGGCAUAG